GAAAUCGCGCUUAAUAUCACCUUGAUCUUGAACCGGUGGAGUUGCACUACCGUGUCGUGUGGUUUAUGUCUCUGGACAGCUGAUCCGGUGAAAUUUUUCUGUUUUCAAAAAAAAUUAUACGAAUGCGAAAAUUCGUGCGUGUUGUGCUCCGGGAAAAGGCCAAUUACUGCUAAGUAGUGGCUAAUAAAGCAAUUGACCCAAAAGGCGGGGGAGUGUGGCGUUCGAAUUUUUCCGGCAAUCGGCGGGUGAUCGUGCGUGUGUGUUUUUCGGUUUUUGGUUGUUUUUUUUUUCGUUGCUCGAUUUUCGAAAGUGACUCAGUGAUUGGAUAUAUUGAACACGAACAAUGAUAAGGCCGAGGCCCCUGAUGCUGGCCGCUGUCCUGAUACUGGUCACCAGCGGCUGUCUCACGUUGACGGAUGCCGUGAAAGCGGAAAAAAGAGUGUCAAUAGAUUCCUCGGCUCUCCUAGAGGGCGUUCUGUGCGUGAUCCGAUCCAGUCCCAUGCAAUGCAUUCGACAGCAGGCUGGCCGAAUGCUGGACAACUGGGAGGACAUUCUCGACACCAAGAAGCGAGAGAUGAUGGAGGAAGCGGACCGAGAGAACCGGAAGCGGGCUGCCCGGGACAUGAAGGAUCCGGAGGAUGGUAGCGCACCAAAGCAGAGCAACAAAAUUACACCCUCAGAUCUGAUGGUACAGAUCGAGGAAGGACUGGAGGCGGUAGCGGAUUACGUUUCAGACGGCGUCGAUGACUACGUUUCAUCGGACAGCAAAUCGGCGAUGCUGCAGCAGCUCAAGAAAACCGCGAACGGCAAGACGGACCUGGGCCAGAUAGUGCACAUCCAGAAACUGCUAGGUAUGAACUUCGAGCGGGAACCGGAAGCGAAUGCCACCAUGGUCGAUGGAAAUCAACAACAGCAAGCGAGUGUUGCACGUUCGGAGCGGGAUUUCGAUGACGAUGUCUCCGCAGUGGAGGAUGGUUUGGUGGAUUACGGAUUUGGCGCCGGGCCGGAAAAAGCAAUUGGUAGAGGCAAGCGAGAGGGUGACCAGAGUACUGAAUCUGAUAACAAAAGUGGUGAAGAGGAGGAGGACGGUGGAGGCAAACGAAAGGGUAAGAAGAAGAAGACUUACAUGAAGCUGUUCAUCCUUGGUGCCGUGUUGAAAUCAAAGAUCGAGCUGCUCCUCAAGGUGCUGUCCUUCCACCUCCAGCUGAAGUUCUUCGCGAUCGCGUUCAUCGGCAUGCUGAUCAACAUCGCCCGGUUCUGGAUCGACCUGAAGAAGUCGCCGUCGCCGCAAAAGGUAAUCUACUACGAGCAUGCCCAGCAUCAGCAUCAUUACGACGAACAUGGCGACGGAGAAUAUGGCGGCUACUGGAAGCGAUCCCUGCACGGAUUGCACGAUGAUGACAACGCCGGAUACUAUGCCCAGGAUCGGGCCGACGAUCGAGUCUACUCCAACGUCCAUUCCCAGUACUCUCAGGUACCCAACAGUCCCAGCCACUAUCCGUACGAUCCCCACCAGAUGGCGUACCAUCAGCAGCGGCCAUACGCCUGAAGAGGUCGUACUUCUGCCGUUCCCAGGCAAGACGGUUCCCGAAUCACUCAUUCAUCGUAGUCAUCCCAUCCAUCCACCCAUCAGUCCAUCAUCGAUCGUCAUCAUCGCGCGCUUCAUUCAGUAGUCAUCAUCGAAUCAUGUACAAACUAACUGCAAUCCCAUACAUUCUGCAAGCUAGUUCAUCUUAAAGAAAACAAACGAGAUAAAAAAAUCGAAUCAUUCAUUCAAAAAUUCAUUCAUCACUUCAUCAAUCAUCCCGAUCAUUCAUUGUUGUUGCCCAUCUUUGCCACAUCGUUAUUUAUUGACAUAACUUAUUGAUACAAUUAUUUAUUUAUUUAACUAAUGCCAACAGUCGGCUAGGAUUUACUAAAUCACAUCAUUCAAAUCAUUCAUAGAAAACAACAAAAUCACAAGCAUUAUAACAUUUAAACAAAAAACAAUCAUGCAUUUGUCACACACACUUCGGAAGGUCGAAAGUCGGAAGUUGAAACAGUACUGAUGAAUAAUUAAAAAAAAAACAGAAGUACUAGAGAGCAUUCAAGCUUCAACGAAAAGGUUCAGUUUUCAUUUUGGCAGGCUAAAAUGUAAGAGAAGUUUAUCUAAAGAGAUUUUUGCGUUGGAUUUGUAGGCCACGUGAUUUUUUAUUUAAAAUUUACCAACUUGAAUGAAAUAUACAAACAAAAGAAACAAUAAAUUAAACAAUUUUGAAAUCUAAUUCAGAACGCAACAGCGUGUUACGAACCCAACUCAAACAUCCUUCUUGAUAUAACUUCGAACACAGAAGAACGAGAAUUGAGGCGUAUGCGCGUAGUGAUGUAGAGAUAUUCGCUGUGUUUGUGAAACGCGUAAAACGACAACGACAAAUUAGAAUAAAAUGUUCAAAAAUA